CGGUCUGUGUUGAACGGAGAUUCCUCGGAAAUCCGCUAGUAAAAUCAAAUGUGUGCUCAGUUUGUAACUGUGUGCGCCACUGAAGUAUAUCUGUACAGACGAUAAUGUAAUCGCGUUUGUGUGGUGAACUAUUUCUCUGAAUCAACAAAACUUUGCAGGUUACAACGUGUUUGGAGGUUACCUACCUAUCCCAUUUCUCUUGAGUUUCUUCGCAUCUCGUUGCUUCGCGUUAAAGCAGACAAUGCUAAAAGACCUAACCUCCAUGGUCUUGCGACAUACCCGCCCUUCUCGCCGCCAUCUCACCCCCGAACUGAUCCUCCGACUCAUCACCCCCGAGUGCCCUCUCUGGAAUGCUACUGAAGACCAGCUGCCUUUUAAGGAUCCUUUUUGGGGCUUCUAUUGGCCGGGCGGACAGGCUACAGCAAGAUACAUUUUAGAUAAUGGAGAAAUAGUAAAAAAUCGUCAAAUUCUCGACUUAGGCUGUGGUUGUGGAGCUGGGGCAAUAGCAGCGGCGAAAAUGUGUGCCAAGAGAGUUUUAGCUAAUGACAUCGACUCUUAUGCCGUUACAGCUACUCAAAUAAAUGCUAAAUUAAAUGAAGCGAGUGUAAAAACAAGUACAAAUAAUAUCAUUGGAAAUAAUAAUAUAGAUUUUGAUACAAUUCUAGUCGGCGAUAUGUUUUACGACGAGGAAUUUGCCAAUUUCUUAUUCCAAUGGCUUAGGAGACUAGCUUCUGAAGGAAAGGCAGUGUUAAUCGGCGAUCCAGGACGCCACGGGCUUACCGCCAAGCACCACCAACAUAUCUCACUCCUGGCUACAUAUAAACUACCUGAAGACAGUUGUUUAGAGAAUCGAGGAUUCAGUGAUACCACGCUAUGGAUGGUUAACAGUUGAAAAAUACAGCCAAGUUCAACGUCAAACUUUUGAGAUUUUUCUAAAAAUCAAACUCAAAAUCAAAAUAAUCUUUAUUUCAUAGGUAAGCAGCAAGUACGCAGAAGUUGUAUAAAACCUUUAAAGUUUUUGUUUCACUAUAGUUUUAAACC